AAUACAUCUCAUUAUAUAAUUUAAUUUUUUUCUGACACUUUUCACUUAGAGAAUUCUUACCAUUCUCUUAAAAUAGUUUAGUCUAAACUCCUGCUCCGGGUCCAUGUACCAAAAGCCGGCAAGUGGAAAAACACGGCAUUGCUUUGUAUGCAAAGUUAAUUGAUUGAAGGUCUUGUGUCAUAACCAAUAGUUAAUCAAGAAAACAUUAUGUGUUAUGGUCCCUUACAAAAAAGUACUGUGGUAUUGUCAUCAAAGUAAUAGCAGAGUAAUAACACUAAAAGCAUUGUAACUUGGCCACCUAGCAAAAACAAGGAGAUGGUUUUGGAUUUUCGGAGGCAGGAUGCAGCUCAUCCCCCUAUCUACAUCGGAGGAGGUGCUGUGGAAAGGGUCAGCAGCUUCAGGCUCCUUGGGGUCACCCUCAGUGCCAACCUCAAGUACUCAGAACAUACAGCAGCGGUCACCAAAAAAGCCCACCAUCGACUUCAAUUCCUCAGAUGCCUAAAGAAGGCUGGGGUGUCCACCUCUGUCCUCACCAGCUUUUACAGUGAGCAAAGCAUUUGCCAGGCCCGGGCAUCAGUCAUGGUCUAUGAUGACAGCAGCAAGAAGUGGGUGCCAAUCAAGCCUGGACAACAGGGCUUCAGCCGCAUCAACAUCUACCACAACACGGCAAACAACAGCUUCCGUGUGGUAGGCGUGAAGCUGCAGGACCAGCAGGUGGUCAUUAACUACUCCAUUGUGAGAGGACUGAAAUAUAAUCAAGCCACACCCACUUUUCAUCAGUGGCGAGAUGCCAGGCAGGUCUAUGGACUCAACUUUGCCAGCAAGGAAGAGGCCACCACAUUCUCAAAUGCAAUGCUCUUUGCCCUCAAUGUGUUGAGUAGUCAAGAUGGAGGUCCAGCUGCCCCACGCCAAAUCCAGAAUGGGGCCCCUGCAGAUGACCAGGAGGGGCAGAGAAGACAGGUGAUGGAGCAGCAGCAGAUGCAGGCACAGGAAAGGGAGAGACGGGCCUCCAACUCAGGACCCUCUGCUUCCUCGGUGCUCAGUGUGGCCCCCACCUCAAGUGUGCCUGCUGCCAUGCCUGCCCCCAUUGGCAUGUAUCUGCCACCUCCACCUCCUCCAGGGCCACCUCCACCUUCCACUGGACCGCCUCCACCUCCACCCCCACUCCCAGCUAGUGGAGCUCCAUGGGCACAGGGCCAGGUUGCCCAUCCCCCCUCGGGCCUGGCAGCUGCCAUUGCUGGGGCAAAGUUGCGUCGUGUGCAGAGGUCUGACGACAGCGCCAAGGGCGACGCCAACAGAACGAGCGGUGGCCUGAUGGAGGAGAUGAACGCCCUGCUGGCGCGAAGAAGGAAAGCAGCAGAGAAGCCUGUAGAAAAGGAAGACAGCCAAAAUGAAGACCUCAGCCUCUCUCCAUCUCCUGUAACACGUGGGGCAGAAGCCCAGCGGAGGCCUUGGGAUCGAGCCAGUUCUGCAGACAGGUCAUCGCUUGUGUCAAGGGUACGACCCGUAGGGAGCAGCAGUGAUAUGGACGCCUUAGACUUUGACAAAAUGAAGCAGGAAAUCUUGGAGGAGGUUGUACGUGAAUUGCACAAGGUGAAAGAUGAAAUAAUCAAUGCCAUUAGACAAGAACUUAGUAGAAUUAGCACAACGUAAUAUCUGUGGAUGACGUAAGACAGCAGGAGGUGCCGCAGUGCUGAGGAGGAGAGGGCCACCCGAUGGACACGACUGGCUGAGCGGCACUGAGCUGUCCACGUCAUAUCGUCAUGUUGCUAAAUUACUGGAAUGACCAAAAUUUUGGUGGAACUAGUGAGUACCCCGUGUUUGCUGGAUGAAGGUAUGGAAAAGAGCAGGAGCAUCCGGGAGGCGCUGAGGCAGGAGGAGAUGUGGGAGGAGCCUGUUUCUCUGUGUUUUUAAUUGUUUUCCCUCUGUACACUUCUGGACACCCAUUUUAUCUCACUGCUUUCAGUCUGAAAAUGUUGAUAAAUUUUUUAUGGAUUUUUUUCCCCCUGUAGGCUCCUUAUUAUUUUGUUGUAUUCAGAUCUCACACAGUCUGAUGUCACCCUAUUAUUUUAUUCCUUUGGAGGAAAAUACUGUUAGAAGCACACAGUCUGAACUCCGGUUAUGACCUCAGCAUACUUAUUUUAGUAUGUUUUUGUAUUCUUUUGCUAAAAAAUGUAUUACAUCACUGAAGUAACAAAAAAAAAAUGAACCUGAAUUACUGAAAAUAUAAACUGUCACUCUGAGCACUGAAACUCUACACACCAGUCAUGAAUUUACUGGAGUACUUGUGGUCAUGUUAAUAAAACGUUUACUGGUUGCAGAAAUAUGAAA